AAUAAGAGCCAUUGGACUAGUACUAGUACCAUUCUCCCUAACAAGUAAUCUUCCUCAUUUUCAAGCACUCAAAGAAGAAUUCCAUGGCCUCCAAUGCUAAAAGGCUAGAGGGUAAAAUUGCUAUCGUAACAGGAGGUGCUAGCGGAAUUGGUGAAGCUACAACAAGACUUUUCAUCAAACAUGGUGCAAAAGUCGUAAUUGCGGAUAUUCAAGACGAUCUUGGUCAAUCCAUCAUUCAAGAAAUAGGCGAAAAUGAUGUCAUCUCUUACAUGCAUUGUGAUGUUAAAGUGGAAAAAGAUGUCGAAAAUGUAGUGGACAUGACGGUCUCUAAGUACGGUAAACUUGACAUCAUGUUCAGCAACGCAGGAAUUUCUGAAGAACUCGAUUCCACCAUCUCAAAAAUCGACUACGAAAUUUUCAAAAACGUAUUUGAUGUGAACGUCUUUGGGGCUUUAAUGUGCGCCAAACAUGCAUCUCGUGUGAUGAUUCCGGCCAAAAAAGGUAGCAUUAUAUUCACAUCGAGUAUUGCGUCCGUUAUGUGUGCCGGCGCGUCGCACACGUAUUUGGCAUCGAAACAUGCCGUGGUAGGUCUAGCCAAGAACUUAGGUGUUGAAUUAGGGCAACAUGGAAUUAGGGUUAAUUGUGUUUCUCCAUUUUGUGUGCCAACUCCAAUGUUAAAGAAUGGUCUUGGAAUUGAUGAAAAGGAAAAGAUUGAGGAAUUUGUGUGUGAAAUUGCAAAUCUUAAAGAGACAAUAUUGGACGUUGAGGAUGUUGCACAAGCAACAUUGUAUCUUGCUAGUGAUGAAUCAAAAUAUAUAAGUGGGAUGAAUAUUGUGAUUGAUGGUGGAUUUAGUACUACAAAUGUUGCUCUUAAGCAAGGCAUUACCAUGUUCCGUUCUUAAAUAUAAUAUUUAUUUUGAUUUGUUACUGAAAUUUUAUCGUAUCUCUAAUAAAACUGCUAUUAUAUGUAAUGAUAUGGUGAAAAGAAUCAUGAAAUACCAA